ACACUGCUGCACCUCGACGGAAACUAGGGUCGUCAUUAAACCUAGAAGCUUUCGCGAGCGUCAUCGCAUAUUACAGUAGGUCUAGCCAGCAAGGAUGGGAGGGAAACAUGACCGAUGGUAGGACCCUGCAGCCCGUCGCUGGACCGCGCUGCUUUUCUCCACACUUCACCUGUUUGCACACACAGUCGCGCUUCUCCACCUGAAACCUACGGAGAUCUCUUUCGGUGUUUCUGAGAUAUGAUCUGGAGCAUGCAUGUCGCUUACGCCUUAAUGCUGAGCCUGGCCGUGCGUCGGGUCGACCUGUCCGGGGAGGUGGUAUUCCGGUGCCCCAGCUGCAGCGCCGAGCGCCAGGCGGAGUGCCCGGAGCUGACUGGGAGCUGCGCAGAGGUGGUGCGGGAGCCAGGCUGCGGCUGCUGCCCCGUGUGCGCUCGGCGCCUCGGCGAGCUCUGUGGUGUCUACACGCCGCGCUGCUCCAGCGGCUUGCGCUGCUACCCGGAGCCGGGCUCCGACCUGCCGCUGGAGCAGCUCGUGCAAGGGCUGGGGACCUGCGGACGUAGGGUGGAAGCAGAGCCCACGGGAGGUCCGGAGCGCCAUGAGAGCAGUGUGCAGGCCCAGGACCCAAUGGAGGGGGCUCAGACAGAGGUACCUGCCAUAAAGAGGCCACCCAAGGACAGCCCAUGGGGGGGGGCCAAGAAGGCUGCGAUGUGGCUGCACAGGCAGGAAAUGAAGAGCAAAAUGAAACUGAGCAAAGUGGAUGAUGGCAAAUCACCUUGCCUGAAGCCAGCCGGGCAGACCCAAUGUCAGCAGGAAUUGGACCAGGCUCUGGAGCGGAUCUCCAAGAUGCCCUUCAGUCAGACCCGAGGGCCUCUGGAGGACCUCUAUGCGGUGCACAUCCCAAACUGUGACAAAAAGGGGCAGUACAACUUGAAGCAGUGUAAGAUGUCAGUCGCUGGACAGAGAGGUGAGUGCUGGUGCGUGAACCCCUACACGGGCCGACAGAUCCCGGAUUCCCCCAUGGUGAGGGGCAACCCCAACUGCAGCCAGUACCUUGGCGGUCUGGAAACAGAGCCACCGAUACCCCUGCGAAAAUAGCUCAAUAGCUUCACCCACUUCCAGGAGCCCAGAAACUGGGGCCUAGGCAUGUCCCAAUGGAUGUGGAAGAAGAAUGGAUGUGUGUGUCUAUCUCUUUGUGGGCAUAGCUGUGACUGUAUGCUGCUCUAUCUUCUCAUCCCCAUGUUCCUGUGUUCUUCUCUGUACAUAUGAGUGGUGGUAAGUGGAAAGGAGAAGCUAGGAUACUUGGAGUCCGCAGCCUGAUCAGACUGAAGACGUGUGCUCAUUACCCUCCUUCUUGCUCCUUUUUAUAAUUGCAUCCUGUUGUCUUGAUAACUCAGGCAUCCCAAGGCCUAUUUGUUCAGCUGUCCUAGUUCAAGCCUCGGGCCUUUCAUGUUUGUUCAGCCGCAGUAAAGCUUGAGGGUAAUUAUAUCCUACAUACUGCACAGGCCAGCUUGGUCCUAUAUAUUAGCAAAGGUAUGCCUCCAACCAGCCAUACACCAACCAGUCAGUCUGUUAUGAAUGAUUGCCCAUCCAGGUUUUGCAGGCAAAGUAUCUGUCCAUCACAGAAUAAAACGGUACGUUCAUUUAACAGUUAUACUAUAAUUAAUCAUAAUUAAAGAAAGUUUAAUUAUAAAAAGAAAGUUGAAUGCAGUUUUAGGUCUAGAGCUGCAGGCAGGAUGGGCUGGACAUUAAAGCCAAGUGAUCCAUGUAUCCCCACAAGUAAACUCUGUAACAGAUGCACAUAAUACAAGGCUAACAGAGGAGUAUUAUCAUAGCAGAGUAUCUAUCAUUGACUAUCCCCUAUUGUGUCUGUCAGUACCGGUAGGUUACCAUUGACUAUCCCCAUUCAUGUCUUUCAGUGUCAGUAUGUUACCAUUGACUAUCCCCAUUCAUGUUUUUCAGUACUGAUGUGUUACUGUUGACUAUCUCCAGUUGUUUCAGUCCCUACUAGUAUGCUGUUGUUGUCUAUCCCCAAUCAUGUCCAACAGUACUAGUAUGUUACUAUUGACUAUACCCAGUCAUGUUCAUCGGUGCUGGUAUAUUACCAAUGAUUGUCCCCAAUCAUGGCCAUCAGUACUGGUAUGUUAUCCUUGACUGUCACCAAUCAUGUCUGUCACUACCGGUAUGUUUACUGUUGACGUUCUUCAGUAGUGUCUAUAAGUAUCAGUAUGUUAUCAUUUACUAUUCCUACUACAUUGACUAUCCCUACUAACCAGUAUGAUUAUCGUUGACCAUCCCCAUUCAUGUAUGUCAGGAUGAGUAUGUGUCCAUUGGUUAGCUCCAGUCACAUCUGUCAGUACAAGUAUUUUACCAUUUACUAUUCACAUUCAUGUCUGUCAGUUCCAGUAUGUUACUGUUGACUUCUCUGAAUUGUGUGAUCGUUCCAGUGUAGCUCGAGCUUAUGAUCAGCAGAUAUUUCACCUGACGGUUUGACUGUUACCAUGGAGUGGCCUUAUUGACACAACCUCUUAGUUGAAGUGAUCCCACUGCAGGCGCACAUUAUGAGCUAUCGGCUAAGACCCACAUGGGCGUGAGCAAACUCUCCGAUCCAUCCGCGUGACACUAGGAAACUCUGCAGGAUGAUGAGAGACUUGUUUGUCCUGCAUGUGUCCUGCAGGGGCCUCUGUGUUCUCUAGAAAGCUGUUCUGUACAUAGUACUACGGCUGAAUGCAAAUGGGUAAAAUGCUUUUUACUUAUGAAAGACCAAGUGACUUAUUAAUGUAUUAGAUCAUGUUUAGUUAUACAGCAUUACAGAUACCUAUGUUUAAUACAGUCUCUCAUUAAAUACACCCCGUCUCUA